CGCCAUCAUAUCAAACACAUCAACACCCACCUCCACACCACCCCCCGCCCGAGCCCUCUCCUCCGCCCCGCCGCCCUCCGUCUGCCACCAUGUUCCGCAACAACUACGACAAUGACUCGGUGACCUUCUCGCCCCAAGGUCGCAUCUUCCAGGUCGAGUACGCCCAGGAAGCCGUCAAGCAGGGCUCGGUCGUGGUUGGCGUGGCCAGCAAGACCCACGUCGUCCUGGCCGCCAUCAAGCGCAACGCCGAGGAGCUGUCAUCCUACCAGAAGAAGAUCAUCCCCAUCGACUCGCACUAUGGCGUCGCGCUCGCCGGUCUUGCCUCGGAUGCCCGCGUCCUUUCCAACUUCAUGAAGCAGCAGUCGCUCGCCUCCCGCCUGACCUACGACCGCGCCAUACCUCUCGCCGAGAUCACUUCGCGCAUCGGAGACCGCGCGCAAUCCAACACUCAGCACUACGGCAAGCGCCCUUAUGGCGUCGGCCUGCUCAUCGCUGGCGUGGACCAAAAAGGCCCGCACCUUUUCGAGUUCCAGCCGUCCGGCGUGACCCUGGAGAUGGUUGCGUGUGGUAUCGGUGCCAGAAGCCAGAUGGCGCGGACGUACUUGGAGCGCAACCUCGACGAGUUCAACGGCUCGAGCCGAGAGGAUCUGAUCAAGCACGCGCUGCGGGCGCUGAAGGAGAGUCUGAGCCAGGACAAGGAGCUCACUGUGGACAACACGAGCAUAGGCGUCGCUGGUAUUGGGGAGAACUUCAAGCUGUACGAAGGCCCGCAGAUCUCCAACUGGCUAGAGACGACGUUCGAGAACCGCGAAGGCGGUGCCGAGGGUGAGGGCAUGGAGGUUGACACUUAAACACCCCGAGUCUGCCUCAACGAUGAUUCUGGGGAGUUCUGCUCUAGACACACAUAUGAACUGUAGCACGAGAGUCGAAUGACAUGACAACGGCGCUAAGUUAGCUCGUAAUGAACAUUGAUGUUAACCACCCAU